AUGACUAUCGCUCACUACGGUGUCUGGGCUUGUACUCCCACCAACUACACUGCUCAGACCGAGCAGCAAGACCCCAAAUCCCCUCACAUCUACCUCCACUUUACCGACGACCCCUCAUCCAGUAAGAAGCUUGAGGCUGCCAUCAACGUCAAGUCGACCAGCAAGGACACUCGUCUUGUCUUCUGGCUCAACCGCAACUUCUCCCACCCCAUCACCGAGCAGCUCUCUAAGCUGAACCUAGGCUUCCACCUUGCCCAGGAAAGCGGUUCAGCCCAGAACGACAGCACCCACGACAGCCAUGACGGCCACGACAGCCACGACAGACACGACAGACACGACAGAUACGGCAGAUACGACGGACACGACAGAUACGACCAUCACAACCGUCACCAUCGUCACAACCGUCGGCAAACCUCCACCCUGCAGGGCCUUGAUUUCAUCCGGACCAAGAACCUCGUCGAUAUCAAGGCUGGCAAGGUUCUGGCGCCCGAUAACACCGACCCCAAUAACGAUAUUCUGGAUGAUCUGGAUCCCAUCCUCACGGAUGCGAUCAACAAAAAGGCGACUGCUUAUAUCUUCGGAUCAUCUUAUGGAACGGGUAUCCACGAUAUUCACAUGAACCAGGGUAGUUUGCCCAGCUACUCCAACGGCAUCUAUGAAGAUGGAGCCCUGUUGUUCGAGUUCGAAGAUGGGCACUGGGAGGCUGUCUUCUUGGCCUUUGCAUCGCAGAGGAUCCCGACCAACGACCAGGGUGAAUAUGAGCCUAACAGCGAGUCUCUUGCGGAUAUCCUGGGUCAAUAA